AUGAAUUUAGAUGGCAUCUUGUUUAAUGCGAGCGCAUUUAUAGCUGGCCUGUUUCUCUUAGAAUUCGGUGCUGAUCGUUUUAUUGACCACACGGCAAUUGUCGCCAGCCGUCUCGGCGUCUCUCAGACACUGAUAGCUUUGCUCACUGCAGGUGCAGAAUGGGAAGAGCUCGCUGUCGUUGUAGCGUGUAUCCUCCAAAAUCGCUCGUCGCUCGCACUUGGCAAUGUCGUCGGCUCCUCAAUCUCAAAUAUUCUGGGAGCAUUCUCCUUAGGUCUCCUCUUUCACCCGGGCCGAAUGGUAUUUGAUCGAAGCGCAAAGUUGUACGCUGGCAUACUGUUUCUGGUGACCACGAUCUUUACGUUAGUCGCUCUGACGACAGGCCUUGGCAGGGUCGCGGGAGGCCUUUUCAUCGCAGCGUUUGCUGUGUAUCUGGUGUCGAUUGGCUACGGGAUUUACAGGGGUGCGUUAGAUGCCCCAGAGCGCUUGGAUAGCGACAGCGACAGUGAUAGCGAUGACGAUGGAAGCACCCAUGGUGGCGACUCAGAGGCACAGCAUCUGCCAACUGAAACAUCUCCUUUUCUCCCCAAUGGAGCUAGUGGAGGCCGUUCGGCACACAAACAUAGUCUUAUCUAUCAUACUGUCCAGCUCAUCCUCGGCUUUAUAGCACUGUCGAUAUCGGGAUACGUUCUCUCCCACAGCGCCGCCUCGAUCGCCGACGAGUUCGGAUUAUCCAACACAGUCCUCGGCGUCACAGUCUUGUCAUUCGCCACCACAUUGCCCGAGAAGUUCGUGGCCGUUAUCGGUGGCGCGCGCGGGCAUGGCGGCAUCGUUGCCGCAAGUACGGCGGGAAGCAAUAUCUUCCUCCUCACUCUGUGUCUUGGAAUAACGUUCGUGGCGGGGGAUCAGGUGGAGCUCGCGGACUCGGUGGUGCCGUUCGAGUUGCUUGUUACUUGGGCAUCGUCGGCGCUGUUUUGCUUGCUUGUGUUUUUAGGAUCAGAGCGUUGGGUUGGUGGUUUGCUACUGGUGUUGUAUGUUGCGUUUAUCGUGUUGGAGUUCACGGUGUAUAGGAGAUGA